AUGAUGUGGAAGUCAAGUCUCUUUGACGGCUCUAAUGGCGAAACCACUGCAGUUCGCGCUAAUGAUGCGAGCUCUCCUUACCUUCUCGAUGACUUGGAUGCCUUCGAGUCGUGUCUCAGUAGUAUGGGUAGCAUGGGGAGCACCAAGGAGAACGCAGUUACGCCUCUGACUCCUGUUACCAUCAAGUCAUCCUUCGACCUCAACGAGACAUUGGUGGAUGGAGUAGGCUCGGUGGAUGACCUUAUUCACCAUCGUGGAAGGGGCAACAGCUUGGAUAAUACUGAUUCUGAUGACGAUGAGUUCUUCACCUCGAGCUCCUCUCCUCCUACGCCUGCAAAAGCUUUGCCCUGGGACGGUUAUAUCUCUUGGACUGAUACGCUGGCAAAUACUGAUUUCAGCAAGUUGGAAGGAAGGUUUUCAGGAUUCGGGUCUCGUUCAGAACUCAUUUCUCAUGGCCUAGUUUAUACCCCCCGGUUUGAUGAUAAAGAUGCCUAUCGCACUGUCUUCCUCACUAAGCUCCCCUUGGAUGUGGAUAUGAGGACAUUGCUCUCUGCUAUCCGAGGAGGGGCUGUGUACUCAGCGCAUAUCAUGAACAUGCAGGAGUAUGCAGGGUACCACAUGGGAGUUGUGUCCUUUGUUCGAGGCAAGGAUGCUUCUGCCUACGUCAACUUUGCGACCAAUCACGGCGUAUACUUCAAUGAUGCCAGAGUUGAUGUCUACCUCUCCAAGACUCCUACAUACCCAAUCCCUAAGACCAUGCAUCAAAACAUCAUAGAUCAGCUCUAUUCCCGUUGCUUGGUGAUUCGAGGAGACCGGGACCCCAAACGCUACAGCUACAUAGCAAAGAAUCUUAAAAACAAAAUGCGCCUUGACUUUGAGAUGGGAGACAGAAUGACUGAGAAUGCUGACGAAACUGAGGUCAAAGUCCAGUUCAGCUCAAUUCGAGCUGCUGAUGCUGCCUAUGGAAUUCUUAGAUCUCUCUUGAGGGAAUGUACUGUUGGAUUUUCUCCGGACCCGUGUGCCCGACCUCUUCCCGGCACCAGGGAGGACGAGGAAUCAGAGGAUGGGUGCAGCAUUGGGUGUGCCGACCCUUAG